GCUCUCCUCUGCUCGCUGCAAAGCCCUUCCGCCGAUUAUUGUUACAUUUCCUGCCACCGUUGAGGACAACGAUGGCUGACCCGCGCAUGAGCGAUAAGGAGCUCGCUGCCAUCAACGCUGCCGCCGUUACGCGCGAGUAUCGCGUCAAGCCACAUCUCGAUUACCGGACGGUGUCUGCGAUCAACGGGCCGCUUGUCGUUCUCGACAAUGUCAAGUUCCCAUCGUACAACGAGAUUGUCACGCUCACGCUCCCUGACGGAUCCAAGCGCGGCGGGCAAGUCCUGGAAGUUCAGGGCAAAAAAGCCAUUGUUCAGGUCUUCGAGGGCACGUCCGGUGUCGAUGUCAAGGCAACGCACGUUGAAUUCACCGGUUCCAGCAUGAAGCUCCCCGUUGCGGAAGACAUGUUGGGCCGGAUAUUCAACGGCUCGGGUAACCCGAUUGACCAAGGGCCCAAGGUGUUCGCCGAGGACUACCUUGACAUCAACGGAUCGCCGAUCAACCCGUACUCGCGUAUAUACCCGGAGGAAAUGAUUCAGACCGGGAUUUCGACCAUCGACACUAUGAACUCGAUUGCGCGAGGUCAAAAGAUCCCUAUCUUCUCGGCCGCCGGUCUACCGCAUAACGAGAUUGCCGCCCAAAUCGUGCGUCAAGCUGGUCUCGUUCGCCCAACAAAGGAUGUGCACGAUGGCCACGAAGACAACUUCUCAGUCGUUUUCGCCGCCAUGGGUGUGAACAUGGAGACUGCGCGCUUCUUCAAGUCCGACUUCGAGCAGAACGGCUCGCUCGACCGUGUCACCCUCUUCCUCAAUCUUGCUAACGACCCUACGAUCGAGCGUAUUAUCACGCCCCGUCUUGCGCUCACCACCGCCGAGUACUAUGCCUACCAGCUAGAAAAGCAUGUCCUCGUCAUCUUGACCGACAUGAGCAGUUACGCGGAUGCUUUGCGUGAGGUGUCGGCAGCACGAGAGGAAGUUCCCGGUCGUCGCGGUUACCCGGGUUACAUGUACACCGAUUUAUCGACCAUAUACGAGCGCGCCGGGCGUGUGGAGGGUCGCAACGGUUCCAUCACCCAAAUUCCCAUCCUCACCAUGCCCAAUGACGAUAUUACACACCCUAUUCCAGAUUUGACCGGGUACAUUACCGAGGGACAAAUUACCGUCGAUCGGCAGCUGCAUAACAGGCAAAUUUACCCACCCAUCAACGUCCUGCCCUCGCUCUCGCGUCUGAUGAAGAGCGCCAUCGGCGAAAAGCUCACCAGGAAAGACCACGGCGACGUAUCCAACCAGCUUUACGCCAAGUACGCAAUAGGUCGCGACGCGGCCGCGAUGAAAGCUGUCGUCGGCGAGGAGGCGCUUUCGUCCGAGGACAAGCUUGCGCUUGAGUUCCUCGAGAAGUUCGAGAAGCAAUUCGUUGGCCAGGGCCCGUACGAAUCACGGACGAUCUUCGAGUCGCUAGACCUCGCUUGGUCGCUCCUCCGCAUUUUCCCCAAGGAGCAGCUCAACCGGAUUAACCCAAAGAUCAUCGCCGAGUUUUACGGCCGCAAGCCGACGCGCAAGCCGACCUCAGGCUCGCCCGAGGACGCGGCGGCGGAAGGCGGCAACCCGGAGGAUGGCAAUUUGGUGGACCUCUGAGUGUCGCGCGGCUCGCUGGGGCUGCAUGUCAUUGCCCGUGCGGUCGUUUGUGGGCAAGGCAAGCGGUAAGAUAAAUGUUGUGCGGCGGACAUAAUGAGAUUGCGCACAUAAUGGCCCGACUGUAUAUCACGAACGCGUACACAUGACCAUCAACGACGAAUAAACCGCAAGCAACUCACGUCAUAGAGAAGCGGUGUUAUGUAGCGUUUGUAGGGGAAGAAGGAUGGAGCAAAUGGACUGUGUACACCGAUUUGACACGUUCA